CCUGUAGGUUGGAUUAUGGGUUUUUGUUGUUUUUGCAGUGGUGAAAACUGUCCCCCUAAGCUUUGUUUUGAUAGGGUUUGGAAAACGUGUUCUCCUUCAUGGAGAGCACGUGUUGCGGUGGGGGCCGCCAGGACACUCCAAAGUUGUGGGUGGGCUAAUUGUUUGUUGGCCGCUGAUGCGAUUGGGGCUUCCCUUGUUGUUGGGAAGAAGUUAAUGUUGCCAUUUGUUGAUUGAUAGCCAGAAAUGCUAAAACUCCUUGCACGAGGCUAGGGCUUCCUCUUUUCGACCGUGCAUCAGAUUGAUCACAGUGAAGGGAGACGGUUGUAUUUUUCUACUAAUUACCUUGUGUCUUUGGCCUGCUUUAACUGUGUUAGCUUCUAUUUAAUUGAUAUUUUAGUCCUAUUAAAUUUUCUUUUUUCUGUGUAAUAUUUUCUUUUACUUUUACUCUGCUUUCCCACACCCCUUUUUGGUCUUUAAUUCCCCCCUACUCCCCCCUCCCCCUCCUUUAGCUUACCUUAACAUUGGGACUUCUAAUUUGGUGACAGGCCUCUCCAAGGCCGGUUUUCUUUAAUUCAUUGCCCCGGCUGCCCCUUUUCUGCCAGUCCCGGGUGAAGGGUGGGCCUGGCUGAGGGCGCAGCGGCCUCGACCUGGCCUUGGGCGGCUGUUUUUAGGCCUUUUUCGGAGGCGCCUGGUGCUGCACUGCGGCGGGGAGUGCCUCCGGCCUUGCCAGGCCAGUGAGCUCCCCCCCCCCGCCCUAUUCCUUAAAGGGCCGGUUUCGGCCUUGUUAGCCUGGCAGGCCUUCCCUGCAAAGCAGGGAGGCCUGGUGUCUGCCAGGGCUGCAGGGAGGCAGGCGCGGCCUAAUUGGGGCCUGGGAGCAGGCCCCGUUGUGAUCACCACCUUCCCUGCUUUUUGGCGGGAGCGCCAUUUUUGAGGCCUAGUUUGUUCUGAGGUACUGCAGCGCUUGUUUUUAUUGCAUUAUUUUAGGUUGACAUUGCAGCCUGUGUACUUUAAUUGUAAAGAAAAUAUUUUAGAGGCGAGCCAUUGUGGCUUAGUGGCUAGAGUGCAGGACUAGGUCCUGGGAGACAGGGUUCAUAGCCCUCACUUAGUCAUUGUUAUAACAAAACAAAUCAAAAUAAAUUUGGGUUUCUUGAGGGGGUGCUUCCCUCUAAAAGGGCAAGCAGGGGUACCUGGACAGGCGGUGGGCUGCCUCAAGUCUGUUAUCUCAUUGGAAACAUUUAUGUCUGGCCUAGCAGGUGAUCCUAGGGCUUUGCUCGAGAAUUUGAUGGCCUCUGGCAGCGAUUCUGGCCUGGAUAGCGUCCCCAUGUAGUGCACGAAGGAUUGGUUUCACUGGUUCCUCACAUUGUUUAGUUUUUUGCAGACUAUGGCAGGGCCUUUGCAGAUGCCUCCAGAGCUUGUCUCUCCUGCAGAGGAUGACUUGCUGAUGCCCCAGGUGACUUCUUCUGGAAGAAAGCAUCUUCAGAGGCGGCGAUCCAGGAGGGGAGGGCAAAGAAGAGCAGAGAUGAUUCUUACACUUCCUCACAGGUACUUCAUUCUUGGGCUCUGAUGACGAUUCAGGCGUCACCUUGGACCUCUAUGGGGUCAGGGUGAGGCUGUCCCAGGUCUUUAAGGAUCAUCCUGGUUAGCUCAGCGGGUCAGCAUGUGAUGCCAGUAAUGCCUAGGCUGCAGGAUUGGUCCCUGUAUGGGACAGCUGCAGGCUCCCCCAUCGUUCUACCUGGACAGAAGCCUGGUUGCAGGGGGCCAGGCAGAGGGCCUUCUUGGUGGUGGCACCUGUCCUGUGGAGAGCCCUCCCACCAGAUGUCAACUACCAGACAUUUAGAAGACAUCGGAAGGCAGCCCUAUUUAGGGAAGCUUUUAUUGUCUGAUGCAUUACUGUAUUUUAAUAUUUUGUUGGAAGCCACCCAGGGGAAGCCCAGCUAGAUGGGCGGGGUAUAUAUUUUAUUAUUAUUAUUAUUAUUAUUAUUAUUAUUAUUAUUAUGGAGUGGACUAGAAGAUUGUUGGUGUCCCUUCCAACUCUACGAUUCUAUAAGUAGCAAUUCACUAUGAUGGGAAUGUUAGACCCAGGGCUGCCAUCAUCCCCACAGCUUGCUGGGAUCGCAGGGAUGGGGACGUGUGGACCACUUGCGCAGCUCCACAUUUCAAAUGGAAAUUCCCUGAGCAGUAGAACCUGAAACUGGUGUGCAGGAAGCUGGCCCGGCGGCAGCUUUGUUGUUUAGGGGGUCUGGACAGCGUCAGCCCUGUAAAUUCACACAUCAUGGUGGCAGCACAAGACGCCCCCUGCCCAAGCGGGGGCUGGGAGCUGACAAGCAAUAGCUCCUUAUCUCUGGCCCAUAUUCUCAUAAAAUUAUCUCCCUUGAAAGCCUGGCUAAAAGGUUAUCUAGAUGGGUCAGCGACUUUGUGCUUGUGGGAAGGGUUUUCUCAAGGUUUAGGAUUCCUCUGGCUUUUCAGCCAGUGGCUCGGAAUACAGCAAAUCAAAAGUCAGAGAGCCACCUAAGGUAGCCAGAAAGAAGGUUAGGAAGCAGCUUGCAUUGGGACGUAUGGUGGGACCCCUAAGAAAGCCUCAUAGAAUUCCAUCUGAUCCUUAUUUAUCGCAUCCCAAAGGCACCUCAGUGAAUGACGCUAUCCUUAAGGAAUUGUUCCGCGAAGUUCACAUCUUUGGAGCAGGCGGUUGAGCUUACUACAAAAUUGGAAGAGGUGCCUUGUUGGCAAUAUGCUAUAUUGAAUCGGCUGUUAGGCUGCUGCUGGUUCACCAGCGAGAUUUUAAGUGGUUGGGCUUAAAUUUGGAUGGGGCUCCUUAUAUUGAUAAGGCAAUGCCGAUGGGUUGCGCAAUAGACUGUGCAGCACUCCAGUCCUUUAGUGCCUUUCUGGAUUGAACAGUGCAAGUCUAUACUCAUUUAACUGGGGGUACCAUUUUUUGGAUUAUUUUACUGGCUGGUUCAUGUGACACCAGCCUCUGUGUAGGCUUGCUAGACACCCUUUAUUCCUCUGAGGAGCUGGGUGUUUCAUAGGCAGUAACGUAUUUGGGGGUUAGCUGGAUACCGUUGUUCGAACAUCUGCUUGCCUGUGGUGAAGCUGUUUGCCUUCAAGGAAGUUAUUCUUGUUAUACUUCUUCUGAAGCAAGCGUUGCUUUGUCAAAGCCUAUCAUUUGCUAGGUCAGUUAAAUUUUGCAUGCAGGGUGGUUCCUCCAGGCUGCCCCUUCCGUUCCUGCUUGGCCAGGUUGUCUCAUGGCCUGAGGUCCCUUCUUCAUCAUGUACACUGGCCUUGAGCCUGGCAGGGCAAGCCAAUCAUUAUUUAGGGAUCCAGAUGGAUAUUGUUGCUCAAACAUACCGCUUGCCUAUGGAGAAGCUGUCUGCCUGGAAGGAAGUUAUUUUGUAAUACUUCUUCUGAAGCAAGUGAUGCUUCAUCAGAUCCAAUCUUCCUGGGUCAUUUAAUUAAAUAUUGCAUGCAGAUUGGUUGUCCCAGGCCGCCCCUUCCGCUCCCACUUGGCCAGGCUGCCUGCAGCCCGAGGUCCCCUUACCUUCGUGUACGCUUACAUGGCAGGAUACCUUGAACCUGCACAGCGAUUUUCAGGUUUGUGCUGAUGCUGCUGGAUCUUUGGCUUUUGGUUUUUAUUUCAGGGGCUGCUGGUGUGCAAAGCCAUGGCCUCAAGCCUAGUGUGGUGAAGCUAUCAUGUGACCUAACUUUGCUUGAGUUUUUCCCAUUGUAGUAGCAGUUCACAUCUGGACCAGGAGUUCAGUGACCGUCGGAUCUGCUUUUGGUCUGAUAACCAGGCAGUGGUGAGCAUCUUGGCAGAACAGUCCACAUGCUCCAGCAGAGUCUCCGCCCCUCCGCUCACGCUUUUGAGCUGCACUGCUUAAGGUUUAAUAUUGUGCUUGCUGCUCACCUGAUUACGGGAUCCUCUAAUGAUAUUGCUGACACUCUAUCCCAUUUUCAGAUGGAGUGCUUCAGAUCCUGGGCUCCAGACACUCAGCUAUUGCCGGACUUUUCUGGACCACCUGUUGCACUUUGACAACAAUUAGUAAUUACAGGGAGUAGCAGCUUCCAUUCCCCUUCUGCUUUUAGCUCUUAUGAGAAGGCCUGGACUGAUUUCUGAGGGUUUAGUUGACAGCCCUUGGCCUUUCAGAGGAACUUGCCUCCAUACGCAGAGCAGAUCCUGCAGGAUUUGGCCCACCUGCUGCAGAUUGGAUGUGCUGUAAAAACUAUCAGAAUUCAGUCCGCUGCAAUGUCUGUUAUAGUGAAGCUUAAUUUUUCAGAGACCCUUGAAAAAAGUUUGUCAUGCACAGGGCCUUGGACGGUUGGAAUAGGCUCCAACUUCAUAGGAUGGUGCACCUCUUCCAAUUGGGCAGAGUGGCCAGGACGCUCAGGAUCCAACCGGCGGCCAUUUCCUUUUCCUGCAAAGCCUUUUUUAAUAAAGACCCUUGUGCCAAAUUUGUGGUGCGCAAGGCUGUGGAAGGCUGGGGUAGGCUGGGCACUCUAUCCCCUAUGGUAAGGAAGCCUAUAACUUUUGAUUUGCUGACCAGCAUGCGCUCAAAGUUGAGGAGCAUUUGCUGGUUCAAAUAUGAAGCACGGCUUUUUUCAGCCGCCUUUUCUUUAUCCUUUAUUGGCGCCCCGAGGGUAGGUGAGGUGGUACUGGAGUUCACCCGUGGCAGAGAAUCAAGGGGACUGCUUUUGCAGGACAUAACUCUAUCCCCUUCGGAGGUGGUCCUGUUUAUCCGGAAUUUGAAGACAGACCAGUUAGGCAGGGGUGCCACUCUUAGGCUGCCUGCCACUGGGAAUAAGGGUCCUUGCCCGGUUAAGGAUACCUCCAGGUAUUUGGAUCUCAGGCCAUGGGGGGAGGGUCCAUUCCUUAUUCAUGAGGAUGGUGCCCCGUUGGCUAGGCAUCAAUUUGCUAAGGUGAUGCGGAAAGCGAUUGCAGCUUGUGGUUUGAAAGCAGCAGGUUACGCCUCUCAUUCUUUCUGCAAUGGUGCUGCCGCUACAGCAGCUCAUUGGGGACUGUAGAAAGAAUUAAGAACAUGGGCCAUGGAUAUGUGCAUAGACAUCGUUGAUCACCCAUACUUAUAUUUGCUUGUCUUCUCUUAGGUGUGGCUGCUGUUCGCAUUGUGGGCCACAGCAUUGUCUACUGGGCCGGUAUCAGAGCAAGGGAGUCUGGACUUGGACUCAGUCUUGGCUUUCCUCAACACGCGCAAGUGUCUUGGCUGUCCAGGCGUGGAAUGCUGUGGGCCGAAUUGCUUCCCCUUGUUCCGAAGCAUGUGAGGUUGGAGGGCCCCCCUACAGCUAUCGUGCUGCAGUUAGUGGGAAAUGAUCAACUUGCCACGGACUGUUGUUAUUUACAUUUUGCAGUUCAAAAGGACCUGGCUGAAUUGGCAGAGUUUUUGCCGGGUGUGAAAGUUUUUGGUCCCAGUUGCUGCAGAGACGCAUCUGGCGUGGCAGUCGCUGUCCAGCCGCCACUGACGGAGCCAGAAAGCAUGUUAAUAAGGUGGCAAUGAAAGCAGUCAUUGCUCAUGGUGGUUCUGUGAUUGCACACCCGAUAUCACCUUCAAGGCGGCCGUCCUUUUCAGGGACGAUGGUGUGCAUCUUUCCCCGUUGGGAAAUGACACAUGGUUAAAUUCUGUUGUGUGGGUUUGAAGGUGGGGCUGCAGUUGUGAGUGGUUGGUGGCGAGCUUGAGUGCUCGGUGGCAGUUAGGCAUUGGUUUAUGGUUUGGUUGGUUGAGGGGAAGUGGUUGAGUGCCUGCCCUUGGUAGGUUGAGUGCCUGCCCCUCUAAUGCUGCUGCUGCAAGGGAUUCCGUUAAAGGAAUUGGGGGCUAACUAUUGCUUGUCCACUCUGUCAAGGGGGCUCGGGCCAUAGCAAUGAGCUCCUGGUUGCAUUUGGGGUGAGGGCAGGUUCCCUGCUCCGCGUAACCCCCAAGUGUAUUCCCCUAUUCUGACUUUCACAUCGUGCGGAAUGUCAGUCUGCCCCCAUGGUGGGGGCAGAUAGUCGCAACCAAUGCCUAAGCAACCACUCACAAAUUUGUAUUUCAAUAAAGUUGUGGCCAAAAUUAUGCCAAAAAUCUUACAAAAAA